AUGGCUUCUUUUUUGCCACAUCUUGUAUGGUUUGUGGCUAUACUUUUGAUAUCCAAUAGUGUAGAAGCAAGUCAUAAACCUUAUUCAUGGAGAAAAUAUUAUAGUUACAAGCCAGCACCAACGUCUACGCCUAACCCUGACGAGUUACCAAGUCAGCCAUCUCCAUCACCACAACCAUCAUCCUCGGAUUAUUACAUUUCUAGUCCACCAUCACCUUUAGGGUGGUUCUCUCCUCAACCCUCCCUAGUGCCUUCACCUACACCAACCUCAUCACCACUAUCGCCGUCUCCAAAUGAUCUUAGUUCCCCUCCCUCACCUUCAAGAUGGGCAUGGGAACUAUCUCCUAGUUAUAUGACAUCUCCUCAAUCAUCUCCUGUACUUGCACCUUCUUCCCCUAACCAGUCCCCACCAUCACCUAUAGAAUGGUUUUCUCCUCGACCUUCCCCAGUGACUUCACCAGCUACAUCACCACUAUCACCAUCACCCUCACCUUCAAGAUGGGCUCCAUCCCCAUAUUUCUAUUCAUGGGAACCAUCUCCUAGUUAUACGACAUCUCCUCAAUCAUCGCCUGUACUUGCACCGUCUAAUCCUGACCAGUCCCCACCAUCACCUAUAGAAUGGUUCUCUCCUCGACCUUCCCCAGUGCCUUCACCAGCUACAUCACCACUAUCACCAUCAUCUUAUGAUAACAGUUCACCACCCUCGCCUUCAGAGUGGGCAACAUCUCCUGAGUCAUCGAUUGUACCUGUACCUGCACCUUCGUAUUCUGAUAAGUCUUCACAAUCACCUUCUGCAUCACCACUUCCAAAUUACUAUUAUAAUUCACCACCUCCUCCAUAUGUUUACAACUCUCCACCACCUCCACCUUAUUACUACAAGUCCCCACCACCGCCAUCACCGUCUCCUCCACCACCAUAUUACUAUAAAUCUCCACCUCCUCCAUCACCAUCACCUCCUCCUCCUUAUUACUAUAACUCUCCUCCCCCACCAUCACCUUCUCCUCCUCCUCCAUACGUUUACAAGUCGUCACCACCACCACCAUCUUCACCUCCACCUCCUCCAUAUUACUACAAUUCACCAUCGCCACCAUCACCAUCCCCUCCUCCUCCAUAUUACUACAAUUCACCACCACCGCCAUCUCCUCCGCCUCCACCUGCUUACUACUACUACAACUACCCGCCGCCACCUCCAUCUUACUAA